AUGGCACGGCAGGGCACGGGGGCCAUGCUGGCCUCUAGUGGCCUGGGCUUCCCUCCGCAGAACCUGGCCCGUGUGGUGGUGUGGGAGUGGCUGAACGAGCACGGGCGCUGGCGGCCCUACUCGGCUGCUGUCUGCCACCACAUCGAGAAUGUGCUGAAGGAGGAUGCCCGUGGCAGUGUGGUGCUGGGCCAGGUCGACGUCCAGCUGGCACCCUACGUCAUCGACCUGCAGUCCAUGCACCAGUUCCGGCAGGACACAGGGACCAUGCGCCCCGUGCGGAGGAACUUCUACGACCCCUCCUCAGCCCCGGGGAAGGGCAUCGUGUGGGAAUGGGAGAACGACAACAACUCAUGGACGCCCUACGACAUGGACAUCUGCAUCACCAUCCAGAACGCCUACGAGAAGCAGCACCCCUGGCUGGACCUCUCCUCCCUGGGCUUCUGCUACCUCAUCUACUUCAGCAGCAUGUCCCAAAUGAACCGGCAGACCCAGCGCAAGCGGCGGCUGCGGCGCCGCAUGGACCUGGCCUACCCCCUCACCAUGGGCUCCAUCCCCAAGUCCCAGUCGUGGCCAGUGGGCACCAGCACGGGGACGCCCUGCUCCUGCCCCCAGUGCCUGCUGGUCAACAGCACCCGCGCCGCCUCCAACGCCAUCCUGGCGUCCCAGCGCCGCAAGCUCUACCCGGGAGCCGUCCGCCAGAGCAGCACCUUCGCCGGGGGUGCCUUAUGGCCGGCGGGGACGGGGACGGUGGCGGCGGCGGGUGGCACGGCCAAGGGUGAGGGGCUGCGGGUGCCCGGCGGGGCCUUCACCCCCGGCCAGAGCGUGCCUACGGGGGCACCGCUGCCCGGGCUCAACAACCUCAACCAGCCUGGCACCCAGCGGGGGGCUGGACUCGGCGCCCGUGCCACCGUCCCCCCGGGGGUGCCAGCCCUCCCAGUGAAGAAUCUGAACGGCACCGGCCCUGUCCAUCCUGCCCUCGCAGGGAUGACGGGCAUCCUGAUGUGUGCUGCUGGGCUGCCCGUCUGCCUGACCCGUGCCCCCAAGCCCAUCCUGCACCCGCCGCCUGUCAGCAAGAGCGACAUCAAACCUGUGCCCGGAGUCAACGGCAUCUGCAGGAAAACCAAAAAGAAGCACCUCAAAAAGAGCAAGACCCCUGAGGACGUGGUGCGUCGCUACAUCCAGAAGGUGAAGAACCCCCCGGAUGAG